AUGGCGGCAUUACCUUUUGUGCUUAGUGCUUUAGCAGUUAGUGGAGAAGAUACUAAACAUCUGUUGGAUAGCUAUAAGAAAACUCCAUCUAAUACACCGUAUGAUAUUGCUAUUCGUAUAAAUAGUCUUAUUGUAUUAGAAACAUCUGGUUGGGAAAUUUUACUUGGCGAAAAUGCAAGAAAUACUAUUCCACAAAAUCCAACAACAUCUGAAAAUAGUCGUGGCUCAGUUGUUACUGUUCUUGGUUUAUGUAAUCGCGGCAAAUCCUUUUUAAUUAAUCAACUUUGUGAUAUAGUGUUACCAAAUGGAAAUUUAAUUCAUACAGAAGGUAUUUCUAUAACAGCAUUAAAGAAAACAUCUGAAAAGAUUAUUUUUAUUGAUACUGCUGGUGCGGAUACAAUGAUACGAAAAGAUAAACUUAAAGAUCAAAAUGCAACUGAAGGUCUUUUACAAGAAAUAGCUCUUCAUUUAUGUUCAGUUAUUGUUAUUGUUGUUAAUCGUUUAAGAUCUACAGAUCAAACAUAUAUUGAUCAAGUAUUCACACAUACAAAAAAUUCUAAUAAAAAUAAAAAUAUAAUUAUUGUUCAUAAUUUCAUGAAUAUUGAAACAACUGAUGAUGCAACAAAAUUAAUUGAAAAAGAAGUUAAAGCUCAGUUUGUAGCCAAAGAACAUACUUUGACGAUCCAGAAUAAAAAAGUAUAUGAAAAUAUUAGAGUUUUUCGUUCGAAACAUCUUGAAACAGAUUAUAACAAUGAACGAGAUCUUAAUAUAAUUGAUGAAAUAAUUCAAUUUAUUAAUACAAAACUUCCACAAUUAUUUAUAAUAAAUAAUGAAAAUGAAAAUAAUGUAUAUAAUGGUAAUCAAUUGAAAUAUGAAGUACAAAAACAUACUGAAAAACCAUAUAUUGUACUUUCACAACGAAAAGACAUGGAAGACCUAGAAGAAAAUCCUUGCAAAUUAACUUUAUCAUCAAAACUCGUUUAUGAUGAUGCAGGCUAUUUUAUUGGUAAUGAUUCCAUGUACAAAGGACAAUGGCAACCUCGUUAUAGAUUAUAUGAAACUGAUGAUGAUAUUUAUGCUAUUAUUGAACUUGCUGGAUUGAAAAAAGAAGAUAUUAAAAUAAAAGUUGGUGAAGAAGCUAUUACUAUUGAAGGUCAUCAAGAUGAUUUUAAACAAUUAUUAUCAAAUACCGACACUCGUCAAGAAAUAGUUCCUAUUGGUCAAUUUAAAUUAGAUAUUCGAUUUAAUUGUCGAGUUGAACAUAGAGAAGCCAAACUGGAACCUGUUGAUGGAUUAUUUAAAAUAAAAUGUCCAAAAAAUACAGCUACUGCUACAUAUUUAUAA